CUUUAUCAGUUCUUACUGAUUAAGAAUGAACUUAUUAAACUAAAAAGCUUUUACUGCCUUUGCUUAGUGAAAGUUUUGAAAUUGACAGCUUUCAACUGCCUAUGCUAAAGAUUUUCAAAGAGAGCGCACAAACUCUACACUCUCAAACUCUACAAACAGAACAGCAAACGAUCAUUUGUUUGCUUCAUACGGGCUUUUAGAUAGUUAUCAAGCUCAGCUUCCGCUUCAACCUGGCUUUAACUUACUUCAUGCGCUAACCCAUCGACAGUUGUUGUUUGCGAACGCUUUACAACGGUAGUGGAGUUCUAGAUAAACAUAUAAGAUUAAAAUGCCGACGAGUACGAGCAUGAUACCAGCGCGCGUUAAUCCCGACUUAGAGAAGGAGCGCCGGUCAGCCAGCUUCAAUGUUGAGGAAUUCCAGUGCUGGUGGUAUGGCGGCGCAGACAAAUUGAAACAGAAACGGGAAAUUCAACAAGAACUCUUCAAAGAUAUGACCGAACAGAAUACACUUUUGCUCUAUAAAUCACAUGAGGAGAUCAGCGAGAUAGCGAUAAAACAAGUAUUGGAGGUGGCGAAAAAGUUGCGUGCAAUGCAGGCACGCAACAAUCCUGGCGGCAAUGACAUAUGGCCCAAACUCUUCUCGUCCUCUUGGGUAUGGGGUGCCAUGCCACUCGGCAAUCCAUUUGGUGUACAGUUUUCGAUGAUGGUAGAUGCGAUCAAAACGCAAGGUACCGAUGAGCAGUGGGAACGUUUUGGUAAACGCGUUGAGAAUUUCGAAAUUUGUGGCACUUAUGCGCAAACUGAAUUGGGGCAUGGCACUUUCUUGCGUGGACUAGAGACGCGUGCCGACUAUGAUCGUACUACCGAGGAGUUCGUGCUGAAUUCGCCGAAGCUGAGCGCUUAUAAAUGGUGGCCAGGUGGCUUGGGCCACUGCAGUAAUUAUUGUGUAUUGGUGGCACAGCUGUAUAUUGACAAUAAACCGAAGGGUGUACAAAUGUUUUUCGUGCAGUUGCGCGAUGAAGAAACGCAUAUGCCUUUACCCGGCAUUGAUAUUGGUGAAAUCGGUCAUAAGAUGGGGUUCUUUGGUGUUAAUAACGGUUUCUUGGGUUUAAAGAAUGUGCGCAUACCACGUACGAAUAUGCUGAUGCGAAAUGCCAAAGUACAACCGGAUGGUACAUUCGUGAAGAGCCCCAUUUCGGUACUAACAUAUUUCACGAUGCUGAUGAUGCGUUGCGUGGUGACGCAAGAUAAUGCAAUUCUACUCGCAAUGUCAGCCACAAUUGCAACACGCUACUCAGCUGUUCGCCGUCAAAGUCCCAUCAAUCCGAAUGAGCGGGAACCACAAAUUAUCGAUCAUGUAACGCAACAAAUGAAACUCUUUCCCGAAAUUGCAACGGCAAUCGCUUAUCAACUUUGCGCAAACUCGCUGUGGACUUUGUAUGACGAGACAUACGUGGAUAUUGAGCGUGGCGACUACAGACGUCUGCCUGAAUUGCAUAAUUUAUCGUGUGCUCUAAAAGCACUUUGCACAACCGACGCAAAAGAGGGUGCUGAACGUUUACGAUUAGCUUGUGGCGGUCAUGGUUACUUGACCUCAUCCAAUAUGAAUUGGAUAACUUCAUUUAUAGCAGCUGCUUGCUCUUAUGAGGGUGAAAACACCGUGCUGCUCUUACAGGUUGGUCGCUUCCUUAUGAAAUCGUGGCGCGCAGCUAUCGAAGGUAAGCCACUCACACCGACAGCGAGUUAUUUAGCAGGACCGGCGCAAGGCACAGCGUUCGGCAAAUGGACUGGAGAUUGGGAGAAUAUUGUAAGAGCUCUACAGUAUGCGGCUACGAAUAAAGUACAUUCGGCUUUCAAGAAUAUGUCACUGCGUCGAAAACAAGGUCAAACCAAAGCAGAGGCGGCCAACAACACGGGACUGGAGUUGAUACAAGCCGCGGAGCUCCAUGGACGUUCAUUUAUUGCCGCGACAUUCUUGGCUCAUGUUACAGGACCUGCAGCUGCAGAACGCUCUGCUGCCUUUAAUCGAGUGCUGGAGAACCUUUUAGAACUCUACUUGGGACACACAACACUACGUCAUUUGAGUGCUAUACUGCAGUGUAUCAGCUUGAGUGAAGCUGAAUUGGGCGCGCUUCAAACGCGUCUCGAAACGGUUUUGAAGAAACUGCGUCCUGAUGCUGUUGCAAUUGUCGAUGGCUUCGACUUUCAUGAUCGCACUUUGAGCUCUGUGUUGGGUUCCUAUGCUGGGAACGUCUACGAGAGUCUAUUUGCCUUGGCUAAACAGAGUCCGUUGAAUCAACAGCCAGUGCCAAAGUCAUUCCACACCAUUCUAAAACCAUUUCUUAAAUCUAACUUAUAAGUUGCUGUUGGUUUGUGAAUUUAUUAUUGUUUAAGAUGAUGUGGGUUGAGGCCGGUUUAUGUGUAUAUUUAAAUUUAUAAGUAAUGAUGUAUUAAUAAACUGAUUUUAACAAAUUAAAUUUACUAAAAAUCCUGUCUCCCCUCACUUUCGCAUUUGAACUGUAAGAAAAUCUUGAAUUUAUUGAGAUAGAGAAAACGUUGUCUCAAAAGUGAAAUAACCUGGGCCAAAAAUAUUUUAAAAUCUGUUUUUUGACCUAGUGAGUUUUGAAACCUCUCAGUCGAUAAAAUGAAAUUUUUAGACAAUCUUUCAAUAGAUUAAAAACAAGAAAAGUCAUGGAUUUGAGGAAAGAUCUCUUAAGGCAAAUGGAUUUAUAACAUAAAACACUAUAUAAAAAUAAUUUAUUAUCUAUCGCUCGUAUCGGUAUAUUGUCGGUAAUUGUCAGUGCAUUGUCAAUUUAUAUGGGUUUAUACGAACAACAAUGAUACCAAUUUUAAAUACCAUCUAAUUCCCUUUUACAGUAAGUCAUUCAAAUGAAAUUAAAUAUUUUGCUGCACUUUUUACUUUCAGCCGGUCUAAUCUUAUCUAGAAUGAAAACUAGAGAAAUGGAACUUUGGCUUGUCGUUAGAUUUUAUAAGAACCAAGUACAAGAUAAGAUCUAACUCGAUAAUAAACACACUUAAUAUAUAAGUGUUUGGCAAUUUUUACCAUAAAAAGUAAAAAAAUUUACUUAAAAAUAUAUAAACAACAUAAAAAAUAAACAAAUGUAAUAAAUGCAUUCUUGAACGCGAUGACUAGCAAAAAUUAUUAAUUAGAUCACCGCCAGCGAAUGGUAAAAUAAGAAACAACAAACCUUGCCCCCUGAAGAAGCACAAUUCAUAAUAAUAUUAGUAUACAAUUAGCGCGAUAAGAAAGCUUGAAAAGAGAGUGAGAAAUUUCACUCUCAAUGCCUUCAUUCACGCACGAUCUUUUGUUUGUAUGUUAUUUACUUUAAGAGAUUUGUUUUCGAAAGCUUCAACUUGCUUUGACUCAAUGUAGAUUUUCUGCAUUAACUUGUCGACAGUUGUGGUAUGCGAAUGCUUCGCAACGGUAGUGAAACUGCAGAUACACAUAAGAAAAUACGAUAUUUGUUAUCAAAAGUAAAUAUAUAUUGUAUAUAUAUAAUACCGCACAAUGCCGACAAGUAAGAGCAUCAUACCAACACGGAUUAAUCCGGAUAUCGAGAAGGAA